GUUUUUGAUUUUCUUAGAAUAUAGGAUUGCAUUUUUUUCUUGUAUGACUACCCGCUGGUAUUCUCUCUUCAGACAAGAGUGUGUGUAGCCCCUACGUCGAAGCCUAUCUCGUAGUUUCGAGGCCUGUUCCUUAAAAUCUGUAUCAUCUGAGCAAUUGCAUCGAAUACGCAGGAACAGAAAAUGUGUGCCGGAGUACAGAUAACACUUGUGAUGACUAAUGAUCAGUAGCGGAAGUUUUACUAGAAUAUUAUGGAUAAACACAAUGAUGAUGACCAUUUAAGAGCACAGGAGCCAGAAGAGCCAAUAGCAGAUUUAAACAAUGAUAAAUCAUCACCACCUACCCUGGGUAAAACGAAAUCUCAGAAAGUGAGAAAGAAAAAAGAAAGAGAUAAGGAGGAAAACAAAAAUUAUCAGAACCCCUGUGAGGAUAGGCGUCGCAGCCUCCGCCAGUCCACUUUGGAAUACAAGUGUCAACAAACUGUCAAAAGCUCCCUGGAGGUAUCAAAGGUCACUGUCCAAUAUUCAACCAACAAGCUUCAAAAGAAGUGCAUCUGCUCUGAUUGUGGGCGUAACUUCAUAUCCAUGUCUCAUCUGAUUAUUCAUCAAAGAUCACACACUGGGGAAAAACCAUAUGAAUGUGCAAACUGUGGAAAGUGCUUUGCUAGGAAGUCCUCUCUGGUGAUCCAUGAGCGGAUUCACAGUGGGGAAAGGCCAUACAACUGCACACAUUGUGGAAAGAGUUUUACCAGCAGUGCAACUCUAUCCACACACAUCCGCAUCCACACUGGAGAGAGACCAUACGUUUGUUGGGAAUGUGGAAAGAGCUUUACUAGUAACUCAUCCCUCUUCAUACAUAACCGCACCCACACUGGGGAGAAGCCAUAUAUAUGUGUGGAAUGUGGAAAGACCUUCUCAUGUACGUCUGCUUUGGUCAUACACAAAAGGUCUCACACCGGAGAGAAGCCAUUUACCUGUGAGGAGUGUGGCAAGAGCUUCGCUGAUAACUCCCGACUGGUCAAACAUCGGAUGGCUCAUACAGGGAACUGGGCAUAUGUAUGCAGUGACUGCGGGAAAGGGUUUACCUGCAUCUCCAAUCUGAAUGUCCAUCAGAGAUCACAUACUGGAGAACGCCCAUAUGCUUGUGCUAAGUGUGAUAAGAGGUUUGCCUACAACCGGGAUCUGGUGCGACACCAAACCACUCACACUGGAGAGAGGCCAUAUGCUUGUUCAGAGUGUGGAAAGAGGUUCACCCGCAAAUCCCAUCUUACAACACACCUAAAGAUCCACUCCAGAGUAAAACUAGUCAUAUCAUCGGAAUAGAACUGUAUAUAUACUGUAUAUUGUAAGUUGAAAAUGGACCAAAUGAAAUUACAUACAGUGUAGGUAGGUAGGGCUGGACUAAUGCCAGCAUCUACACAGUCAAUGCAACUGAAGAAGUUCAUCGACAUGAACUGACUGGCCCCUAAUUUCAUCACUUUCUAGAAAGGUCACUUCAUUUAGUUGUAAAAUCUACAUAAAAACAGAAUGCAAUACUUUUCAAAUCUCAAACCCAUAUUUUUCACAGUAGAAAAUAGAAAAUAUCAAAUGUUUAAAAAAAAAAAAGAUAAUUUGGAAAUUGAUAGCAGCAGCAUGUCUCAAAAAAAGUGCGAAAGGGCCAGGUUUACCACUAUGUAGCAUCCCCUCAUCUUUUGUUAUCCCAUUCUUGUCUAAUAAAGCAUUCUAACUGCUCAACA